AUCCGCAGUGUUAAAGAUCUGGUAUACAUGACAGUCAGACAUAAUGAUAAUUUGUUAGGAAGAGCGCUGGAUAGGCAAGCUGUAGUGCGAACAGGCUAGGAUGGCUUCGAGCCAGGGCCAGCAAAAGACUUCACAGUCGCCCUUCAGCUUAUUCAGGCCUGCAUCAUGGUCCAAGGGCAUCAACAAGGCCAAGCAAGCAAAGCUUGGCGAGGAGAACAACAUGUAUUUCCACCCUGAGCUUAAACGCUGGGUGGAGAGGGGCAAGGAAGAGGAAGCCGAGCGAGAGGCUGCUGGGCCCGGUCCUCCACCCGUGGUGUCCGGUGGGAGCUUCAAUGCAGCACCUUUGCACAAGCGUUCUCUGUCGCAGCGCUAUGUGUUGCAGCCCAACCUGUCGGUCUCCUCCAUGGCGUCCCUCGCCGGCUCCCUGUCCCAAACCGACCUCGCCAACCUGACGGGUCCCGGCGACCUGUCAGGUCCCCCAAGCGGCCUGGUCAGCACCGCACCCUCGCCACCGCAAUCCUGCAGCGGUAUGCCUCCAAUUGGCUCCGGACCACCUUCGGGGAGUGGCAUGGCGGGUGCACCGCCCGCGUCCUCGUUCUUCGUGCCCGCCCCGCCUCAGCGUCACGCUUCGCAGCCACUCGCCGGCUUCUUUGUGCCACCACCGGCGACCCCAGAGGACCGCCAAGCCGAGGAGGAGGGCGCGGUUGCGGGAACGACGAUGGAGGAGGCUGAUGGGGAGAGCGGCGAAGCGGCACACGGCGCCACGGCUUUCACUACCUGCAUUGACGACGAUGUCUCGGGGGCUCCAGAUGGUGCUAGUCAGCAGCAGCAGCAACAGGCCGCGGCAGCGACUUCCGACGCCAGGGAGGACGGUGAAAGCUGCGCCUCGGGUUGGAGUCCCCUUCCUGAGGUCUGCGAGGCGUCCUUCUGCGCAGUACGGCCACAAGGCGACGUCAGCUUUGGUGGGGCGGUAGCGCAGCCUCCGCCUCGCGCCGAGGCUGCGGCCGAUGCCGUGACCGAUGAGGUGCCUCUGGACUUGUCGCCUACCGCGAUCACCGUGGAUCACAACAAGGUUGAGGACUGCGCUGCCGCCAAUGGCAACGGCGCCGGGGAGGAGUCUCUAUCCUUUGAUGCUGCGCUGGGUCAUCACAGCCAGCAGCACCAGCACCAUGUACUGGCGGAUUCCUCACAGGCUCUGGCGUGCAGUCCCGUCAGCAGCCCCGCGGGUCAUUCAAAGCAGCAGGAGUGGCCGAUGCUAGGUCGGGAGGUGCGCCGCAUUGAGAGCAGCGCCACCACUGCUUCGGACGGCGGCGCGGUGAUGUCACUGCAUGAGGGCAUGGGUGUCGGCCCGGUGCAGCAACAUCAGCAACAUCAGCCGCAGCUUGAGGAAGGUGCUGAGGCUGUGGCGGCCGAGGCGACCACUCCAACGGUGAC